CAGACCCUCAAUCCCCAAAGAAUGAAUGAAGCUUUAUCCUCUUAGAAAAGAAGAAAGCAUGGCAGUAGUGCUCCGUUGCUCUUGCUUCCAUCCACGCCCUCACUCUCUCUCUCCUCCUCCACCUUCCGAUCUCAUGAUCUCCGGGAAUGCCCAUUUUCCCGGAAAGUUAGAUUCACUUCUUUUUAAAGUAGAAAAGUUUGUAUCAUCAUCAUCAUUUGGAAAUGCUUUUGGUUUGCCACCAUUUUAUCGCUAUAAGCCUGUAACUGAAGGAUGUAAAGACAUGAUUCAAGUGCCAUUUGUUUAUGAGCAAUUCUUUGAACAAUUUUCACCUCAUCAGGUAUGAUGGGCAACUUAAGAUUGAGAUCCUCAGUGACGGCAUUUCUGGUUACUAAUGCCUUGAUGUGGACUGCACCAUUUGAAGCUUUAGCUGAAACCCGCGAGGCUGAUAACUCCUUCUUCAAUAUGCCUGUACUGCUAUUUGUGGCUCUUGUAGGAGCCACUGUUGGAGGGUUGCUUGCACGGCAGAGGAGAGGGGAAUUGCAAAAGCUGAAUGAACAAUUGCGCCAGAUCAAUGCAGCUCUAAGAAGGCAGGCUAAAAUUGAGUCCUAUGCCCCCACCUUGAGUUAUGCUCCUGUUGGUAGCAGAAUAGCAGAGAAUGAAGUGAUUGUUGAUCCAAGAAAGCAGGAGUUGAUUUCUCGAUUAAAAAGUGGAAAAAAAUUUUUGAGGAAUCAAGAUCCAGAAAAGGCAUUUGAAGAGUUCAAGGCUGCUCUUGAGCUUGCUCGGAGUCUGAAGGAUCCAAUGGAGGAGAAGAAGGCUGCAAGAGGUUUAGGGGCCUCACUGCAAAGGCAGGGAAAGUAUCGUGAAGCCAUUAACUAUCACUCCAUGGUUCUUGCAAUCUCCCAAAAAGAAGGAGAAGAGUCUGGAAACACGGAGGCCUAUGGGGCAAUAGCUGAUUGUUAUACUGAACUUGGAGAUCUUGAAAGGGCUGGAAAGUUCUAUGAUAAUUACAUUGCAAGAUUGGAAAAGGACUGAUCCGUUUCAUGACUUCAUAGUUUUACCCUUAUGAAUGUAGCCGAUCUUGUUAUUACAGGUUGUUAUUGCAGACCAGAGUUCUUUUUCAGUUCUUUUCUAUUUUGGAUAUUUUGGAGGCACCCAAUUCCAAAUCUCCUUUGGAUCA